AUGCGCAGGCACGAGAGAGAGGACGACCAGGAAACCCACGGCAGGAAGCGCGAUGGACUGAAGGCACAGGGUGAGAACAUUAAUAGCAGGCCUCAAGAGCGCGAAUGGGCGGCAAGAAGACCAAGAGCUCGAAAGGACGGCGGAGGGAUCAAGUGUGCGCAGGACGGCGAGGGGACCAAGGGCUUUAAGUUCGCGGAGGACAGCAAGGAGACCAAGGCCACCAAGUGCGCGGAGGACUGCGGAGGCAACAAGGCGCCUGGCGGUGGCGCAGACGAUGUCUUACCACCCACGCUGGACAUCACGCGGGACAAGAAGAACAAGAAGAAGGUGCCCAAGAUGGAGAAGAUGCGGAGGCUAGAGCAGCAGACAGCACGCGGUGUGGAGAGCCAAGGGAUCCACCUCCUCCUGCAGCAGACGUAG